CGGUUCACUUCCGGGUCCGCGCAUUCCGGCAACAUAUGAAAGCGGCAGACGGAGUUAGGACACGUUUGGUUAUUUCUGGUGUUUCCUUUCCUCUCUUAUACCACCUUUAAAAAAAAAAUAUGGAAUGCAUUAUAUCAAGAGCUAACUCAAUUGUCUACUCCUUUUUGGUCGCCAUGGCGGCCGUAACUUUGGGCUGUUUCAUCACGACGGCGUUUAAACAUGGAAGCGUCCCUGUGGACGUCCGCGUGUCCCAAGUGAUGCUGAGGAGCGUCGACGACGUCAUCGAAUCCAGACAGCACAGUGACUUAGCUUUCAUCACCUUUGACCUCGCGGUCGAUCUGCAGCCAAUGUUUAACUGGAACGUCAAGCAGCUCUUUCUGUAUUUGACCGCCGAGUACACAACGAAGAAGAACGCUUUGAACCAGGUGGUGCUCUGGGAUAAAAUGCUCCUCCGGGGCGAAAACAACCGAGUGAACCUCUUCGACGUCAAGUCGAAGUAUUUCUUCUUCGACGAUGGGGACGGUCUCCGGGGCAACCAGAACAUCACGCUGACUCUGUCCUGGAAUGUCAUUCCCAACGCUGGAGGUCUGCCGCUCGUCGCCGGCAGCGGAUACGUCAGUCUUCCCUUUCCUGAGCAAUAUGACACCGCCGAAAACUAUUAGAGGCAAACGCAACAAAAUAACUUUCGAAUUCAUUUGGCUUUUGGAGUGAAAUAAAAUGGGACACGUUG